AUGACUUCACCGCAUCCCGCUACCGGGGGAGAUGCGGAACCUAUUACACCGGUCAGAACUCCUCCAACCCCCAAAGAGGAGCCUCAGGAGGAAGAGAGUCCACCACCAUUGCUGGCAGGGCGUUUUGGACCACCUCCCUUGCAAACUCCGCGUCAGACUUUUGCCCACCACAGCAUGUUCCGCAGGUUUUGGAGAGUGAACCGGGAAGAGCCAGAGCUGUUAGUAUAUGCAGCAGGCGUCUGCAACAGUGCUGGAUCAGAUAGCUCUAGGGCGGCAUGUGGUUGGCUCUUCAAUGCCCAUGUAGCACGGUUCUGCUUCAGGUUAGAGAAUUCAGGCCCGACGGGUAACAUAUAUCCACAAACAAAAGAGCGGGCUGAGCUUCGAGCUGCAAUUCAUGCCUUGACCAUCCGUCAAUGGGCGGGUGAAGGUUGGAGGAACGUUGUCAUCGCGACAGAUUCGAAACAUGUCGUCAAUGGCGUCACGGGCCAGAUAUCCACAUGGCUUCAGUGGGAUUGGCAGGACCCUUCGAGAGGAAUGGAUGAAGACUGGGAUUUAUGGGCUUUCCUGCUUGAUGUCAUUCGUCGGUUGUUCCUGGAUGGUGUCAGAGUGUCGUUUUGGCUGAUUCCACGUGGAUGGAACGCCCAGGCGAGGGAAUUAGCUCAAAUGGCUACUGAGGCUCCGGAUGUUGAGGCUUUUGUGGUUCAAAAGUAUCUUCGGUGA